ACUGGUGCUGAUGAUCUAUUGUCUCGGAUAUUUCUACAGAAUCAUGUAUGGGGGAUGACCCUGGCUUCUUGGUAUGCGAAGCGGCAGGAGAAUGACGUAGCGCUAUCGCUCGAUCUCGCUGCGCGAUAAAGUGGCAGGAGGCGCCAGGAUUAAGCGAUCGCUUGCAGACGUGCAGAAGGAGGCAGGUCCUUGUUCACCGACAUCUCGUCUCUUCUAUCGUCUGUUAUCGUCGCGUGAAAACUCGUUGCAUCCUCCCGUUCCAGGAAAGCAUUCUCGUCUUCGACCUGUUGCCUGGACUCGAUCUUUGAACCUCGAGUGUCUCAACGAACGACUCGCUCUUUCAAGUCGACUCGCGACACUCAUAUACACAUAUUAGACAUGACGCGCCGUAUGGUCUAUGGCAUCGGCCUUUGGGUCUUCCUAGCUGCCGUCGCCCUGACCUUCACAUCCAUGGCCCUGCCCUCCUGGAUCUCCUACACCUCGCCUACAACCUCUUCUCAAAAACCCAUCCACGUAUCUUACGGUCUGCACCGCCGCUGUUCCUCCCUCUCGGGCUCCUGCACACCCUUCCCAGUCUAUGAAGACUGCCAUGGCGAGGACAGAUACUUCUGCUCCAUGUGGAGAAGUGUUGGCUUCUUGAUGAACUUCUCAGUCGUCCUGGAAUUGGCUACCUUUGUGGCUUUUGCGGUUGUGUUGUUGGGAGGUAGGAGCAACAGAGAGGGUGGAUGGAAGAUGUGUGUUAGUAUGCUUGGUGUCGUCAUGGUGUGCCAGAUCGCGGCCAUGGCCAUUGUGGCUUUCCUCUUCGAUCACGACAACCGCUUCUUUGUUGGCUGGAAGUUGGACAAGAGUUGGAUUCUCUGCACGGUUUCUUGGGUCGUGCUGUUGUUCGACAUCAUCGGCAUCAGUUUUGCUGCUAAGAUGAUGCCAGCCGAGGACGACUACGAACCUAUUCCCGACAGAAGAUGAGAAUACACAACAAGCCAUCAGUGCGAUCUUCGCUCGCAAGCACAUAGAUAUUGUUUCUCGAUUACCGACUUUACGACUACACAUGGAUAUACACUUUUUUCUCAUUUGUGUCCCUGCACUUUUCGUCGUCAGCGUCUCUUCUAUUAGCGACUUCCCAAAUUAAUCCUUCUUUUCUUAUAACUCUCCCGUCAAGAACUGCGCUCG